GAAUUCCUGUUAAUGAUCCCCGUAAUUCACGCAGCUACGAGAAAGCGAGGGUAAAUAAACAUACGUGAAGGUAUUCAUCAGUCGUCAUUGACUGGCGCGCACCGCUGCGCAUCAGUAUUCAGUAUUCACGUUUUGUCACCGCAGGCAAUAUUGACAAUGCGUGCGGAUACGUAUACACGUAUGUAACUCGUGCGAGUUACUCCGGACAUUGUUACGCGAGAUUAUGGGUAGAAUAACGCGGAGAUCCACCGACCGGGAGAAGCCGCAGCAGAAACGACGGAAGAAGGACCUGGAUCGGAUACAUUCCAAGAUCCUGCAGGCCAAGCGGAAGUUGGAUAAUAAUGGGAAGGGUUAUAACAAAGAACAGAAAAAGCAAGGCCGAACAAAAAUCUGCAAUAGACUUUUGCCAGAACCUGCUGCUGGCAUAUACAGAAAUGGUACAAAGGGUAAAGACAUCCAGAAAGCAGAGACAUUGGAAAAUACAUACCAUGAAGCCCGGCUAAAGGCAGAUGCGUUAAAACUUUUCAAUGGCGACACUCGUAAAUCUAAACGUUUAGUAGAGAUACCAAUAAAGAAUAAAACUACUAAACAAUCAGCAAAUAAAAAUUGCAUACAAAACAGUUUGGAAUUGAAGGAACUGUGUACUCAGGAGCUAAGUCCUGUUCUAGGAAAAAGACAAAGUCAAAAUCAGAAGCCACGUCUUGCUAAAAAGAAAGGUGAAGGAAACAUCUUCGAAGACACAGAUUUCAAUAAAACUAAAAAACAAAAUAUCAAUGACAAAUCAAAACAUGUUCAAAAAGAAGACAUAUGUAAACGAAGACUGUUCCAAAAUGAUAGAGAGCUAUCAGAAAUUAUUACUACUACUUCAACAGAAAUAUUUCAUGAUACUGAUCUUAUAAAAGAAAAUAAAACUAGUGACAAAGAAACAGAGUUGAUAGGUUCAAAAAACAAAGAUUUAUUAUGUGACCCAUUAAAUCGCUAUAUGGAAUUCUGCAAAAUCUCUGCCAAAAAUUUUGAAGCAGAUAUUCUACAAAAUUAUCCCUCAGAUCCUGUUACAUCAACAAUUAAAAAAUUAAAACAUGCUUAUGCUGAUUCUUUUCGUCAACAACUUUUACGCAAAAAGAAGAAGCAAGAAUUAGAAAAUGCAAACUCUACACAUUCUGUGGAACAUCAAGUUUGUGUAUCUUCGGACACUUCGCAAUUAUCACCUGUUGAAUUCGAAGUUCCUAAGUGUAGCGAAAACUGUAUUAUCGCAGCUCAUUUUCAAGAAGAUGUAUCUCACAAAGAUAACAAAUUCCAUUUAGUACAAAAUACUAAGCUUAAAAAACGUGAUGGCACAAUGGGUUAUAGUUUUACAUCUUCCUUAUCGCAAAAUAUUGUUACAAAUAACACAAAUAGCUUCAUUGUCGAAAAUUGUGAGAACAGCGAUAAUCAAUAUUCAAAACAAUCUAAAGACAUCUGUCAACUUGCGAAAGCAACAAAUCUUUUUGUCGUAAACGAAAAAGAUUUAGUCCAAAUGGAUUCUCAGAAAAAUCCUAACUACGUUAAUCAUCUUUUAAAAAAUAAACAUGAUCCUGUACUAUCAGAGAAACAUUUUUCGAACGAUUAUUGCCGUAGAAAAUUGCCGAUUACUGUUUCCGACAAUUGUGCACUAAACAAUGUAUCUAAAAAUUAUAAUAACAGAAUAGCAAAUAAGUGUGAGGUGAAGAAUGUUAAACGAGUACCUACUAUCUUACGUCGAUGUAUCGACGGUCCCAUUAAUAAGCCUAAUCAUUCUAUACAGAUUAAUGGUGAUGUGGAAGGCUUACAUAAGAAAUAUGAAACUAACCUAUUUAAUAGAAGUAACAGAAUCGAAAAGGAAUUAUGUGAAACUAUAUUCCCAAAUUCAUUCAAAAGUCUUCCUACUCCUAGCAUAAUAAACGCGAUGGUUGAUCAAACGAAAAUAUUAGAGCCUCAAAUUGGAUCGAUGAAAAUAAAAGAUUCGCAAGAAUCUCAAGUCGAACAAUUUAAUGUAAAUAUGCAUCCAAAGGAAUAUAACGAAAGAAAUGAAUUUCAUCGAUACGGUAACUCUUUGUAUCCGCGACCUUUUGAAGUUUCAUGUAAUACAAAUGCUGAAAAAUUGCUUGAACAAGAACAAAUCUCAGAUAUAAGAAAACCUUUUUAUCGUUCAAAUAAUUAUCACCCGAUUAAUUACCUUCAAAGCGUAAGUUCAUCUAAUUCCAAUGUAGAGCCAACAAAACAGUUUCCUCAACAAACUAAAUUACAUGUGUGUGAAGCCAACAAACAAGAGCUUUAUAGAAAAAAUAUUCGUGAUCAAAAUCAAAAUAUCCUUUUUAAUAAUGUUAACGAUAGAGCAAUACCGCCAAUAUUAAAUAUCACCCAAAAUGUUCAAGCCGAAAAAAAAUCUACAGAAUCAUGUCGGGAAAAUCGAUUUGGUAAAACAGAUGUAAAAUAUACCAAGAACCAAAUUAAUGAAAAUGCGUGUCAUUGCAACGAACAGUAUGUUUAUUUCGAUUCUGCCAAUUGUCCACGUAAAUAUAAGGAACAAGCGCAUCAUUUUCAUAAAGAAACUGCUCAGCCUGAAAGUUCACGCGACACAAGAGGCUAUAAUAAUAGCGUAGAUAAUUGCAUUAAUUUGUCUAGCUCUACGCAAAAUGUACCGUUGUUAACACUGAGGCAAAACGAUCUGUAUAUGUAUCCGAAAGCGAUCGACGAUCAGCAUCGCGCAGUAUUACUGCAAAAUGUCACUCAACCUGUAAAAUACUUAGCUGUCGAAAAUGGUUCGAAUAUCCAAAAAAUUCCUGUGUAUAUAAAUGACAGAAGUGUUAGGGUUACGGAAAAUGUCCCGUUGAAAGUAAUAGCUGUAAUGGAUCCAAGUAUCCAAACAAAAGCAUUUCCGCAAGAAAUUGCGACGAAGGUAGUAUCAUUACAAACAGAUAAUUUGCACUUUAAUAAUUUUGCAACACGUAAGAUAAGCGAUCAAUCUUACGUAAAGCAUUUAGAUUCUGUGAAUGCGAUACUGUUAAAUCCAGAUUCACAAUCUAAUAUGUGGUAUGCUCCGAAUUAAUGUAUACAUGAUUACAAGUACACCAUAGUUAGUACACACCAACAUAGUUGAUCGUAGCGAUACAGCACAUCGAUCAUAUUUCUUGCAGAAAAUAUUGUAAUUGCAAGAGAUGUGCUUUCUCUUCCUAUACAUAUAAACAUUUGUUAUUAAGAUAAAAGUUAUAAG